AUGGCACCAUCAGCAGAGGCAAAGCACUUAGAAAAGCUUGAGUCCGGAAGGGCCAAAAGUAAAGAGGAGGUGCUGGCAGAGGCUAGAGCUUUUGUCAGCACAAAUGGUGGAGACCCCAGUGAUCAGUUUUUAGUUCUCGCUCACUGCAAACUUCAGUUUGGGAAGUACCAGGGCCAGCGAUUUAGAUGGCUCCUGGAAAACUCUCUGGGGUAUGCAGUGUAUUUGGUGCUUAGCAGUUCCAGUGAGAAAGCCCAUCCAAACCCGCUGUCAGAAAACAAACAGCUGUACCUGCAGUAUACUUCUCUUAUAAGAGAGAUGGCAGAAGAAGUGGAGAAGUAUAAGAGAAAGCAGGAAAUGCAAGCAGAAGCCCAUGCAACUGGAGACCAAGGCUACUUGAUGGUGGAGUUUGGUGACUUCCAGGGCCGGUCCAUGAAGGAUGUUUAUGAGGACCAGAGCAAGCAGGCCCAAGCCCAGGCCCAAGCCCUCAUCAGGUACCUGGUAAAGGCAAAUCCCAACCCCAACACCAACAUGGCCAUUUUCAAGAUGUAUGUCUUGAAAAGACAGGCUUCUGCUGUGGGCACCCGUGUAUGCCAGCCUGCACCUCAAGUUGCAUCCUCCAGUGCCUCUGCACCUCCACCUGCAACCUCCAGUUCCUCUGUACAUCCACGUGCAACCCCCAGUGCUUCUGUACCUCCACCUGCAACCUCCAGUGCCUCUGUACGUCCACGUGCAACCUCCAGUGUCUCUGCACCUUCACCCGCAGCCAUCAAAACUGGUGUACACCAGAGCGCCACUGUGAAAGCACUGUUGACGCGUGGCAAACAUUUGUCUCCUUCACACCUGGCGAGAAAACUCAUGUCACCAGUGAAACACUAUCCAUUACUUCAGUCCACUUUACCUCCUCCAGCAGCAGAACCCCCAGUCACACAUUUGACCCGAAGGCAGCUUUUCACUAAUGGCACUUCCGUUUCCACUGCUGAAGAUGAUGAUGAUGAGGAACUGGUAUUUGCUGCAUCACAAUGUGAAGCACAGCUAAAUACAGAGUCCUGUUCUGGUCCGUCUCCAUCAGCGGAAACAGCAAAAGCACCAGGUCUUCCACAUCAUCCGCCACCAGCUGAGCUUCCAGUUCACUGGAAAGAUCAUCUUCCACCUUUCCAGCAUGAGUGGAUACGGAACACACUAUUUAAGGCCAACCCGCGAACCGGCAAGCCGGAACUAGUGUCCCAACUUAAGCUUUGGUGGUAUCCUCCUCAGGUCCCUUUAAUUCACACUCAGCCGCCCGCCUCACCUGACCUCUUCUUCUGUCGGCCCCUUUUCUUGUGGAUGCCGCUUAAGAUGUGGCUAUUUCCUCUUGUCUGUGUUCGACCAGACUGUGGUAAGCACAAACUAACAGCCGCAGGACUUUACCGUACUGUGCGCAAAGUCUUGGACAUCGACGGUUGGUAUGAUCUUGCCACUGAGUAUCUGGAGUGCAAACGCUGCAAAAAGAAAUAUCCCGCCUGGUCCGAGGACAUUUUAGGGCAACUGGAUAUGGGCCACCGCAGUCAAUUUCCAGCUUUGCUGACAUACAGAUACUCAUGUGACAACCGGGUGCUGAGGAUGAUGAGGGAGAGGACACAGGGCAACAGCGUGACUCAGCUGUACAAGAAGCUCAUGGAACAACACAGUGAGGCAUGGACACAGCGUGUCCUUCAGUACCUGACUGCCUGUGAACCAUUUACUAGGUCCUCCCUUGUGCAGCCACCUGUGUUUGCCGAGCCUCCCUCUUUACCUGCCCUACCUAAACCUAAGUGGCUGUUAGCCGUGUACGCCAGGGAUGUUCUGGGGCGACUGCAUGAGGUCAAAGCCAAAAUUACAUCUGUCUUGGGCUGUGUUCUGAAGAUGGACUCCACAAAGAAGGUCACAAAGAAACUUGCCGGUGCUGCUGCAGAACCAGGUGCCUGGUGCACAAAUGUAGGAAACGAACACGGCCAAGUCCUUGUCUCUGUGCUGACAGCCGCAGAGGGACAUGGACUGCACCCUAUGGCAGCUGGCCUAAUGAAACGCUACCGGGAGGCAGGAGAGGCAGCCCCGAAAGUGAUGUACCUGGACAGAGAUUGCUGCAGUCUUCAUGGCAAGUCUCAGGUGAAUGUCAUGUUUUCGGAGUGGGAUGAGCUUGAAGUGCGCCUUGACAUCUGGCAUUUCAUGCGGCGAUUUGCUGCAGGUGUCACGACAGAGGCUCAUCCGCUCUACGGGAUCUUCAUGGCACGUCUGUCCAUGUGCAUCUUUGAGUGGGAUUCAGAUGAUGUGGCUGCUCUUCACCGUGCAAAGGAGGGUGAGCUGGCAGCAAAGAAGGCUGGCCACAUCUCAGGAAAGGCGCUGAGUGCCCGCAUUACCCGGAGAGAGUUGGCACUGCACUGCCGGAGGAGGACCAGGGGUGUGGAGGAGACCACCAGAUUGAUUGGAUCUCUGGUUGAUCUGUUUGACAGUGCGAGUGGUAAAGACACUCUGGGAGUUCCUCUGCUGGACCAUGAACGGAUCCAGCAGAUUUGGAAAGAACAGCGUAAGCACGUACAGUGUAUCCAAGACCCAGAGAACUUUCCCCUCUACACGAAGACAGGGACACUGAAGAAAGGCGGUGUGGAGCUGUGCUGCUACAGAUGUGCCCGUGGCUCUACCUCUUUGGAAUCAUUCCACCUCCACCUAAACCGUUUUAUUCCAGGAACCAGUGCCAGUGAUGCACAUUUUCAGGCUUAUCUUCUUGAGGGCUUGAUGCGCUGGUAUGAUGACAGGAUGGAAGAUGCCAUAAAAGGAGCGUCCUCCAUCCGGACAUAGCCAGACUGGCAAAACACUUACUCCAGUGCUCCAGAACCCAGAGGAGGAAGACAGGCUGGUGGAGGAAGUUGAUGAUCAGGACCUGCAAGAUGAGGGGUUUGAGGAAGAGAUCAUGGAGGACAUCACAGUUCCAGUGCUGUAUGAGGAUGACCCUUGCUGUGAUCUUGAAAACAGCCCCUCAUCUUUGCCUCUGCAUCAGUCCCUAGCAUCGAUGGC